GAAUUUUUUUAAAUUUAAUGAUAGAUUCAUUAUAUGUGAUAAUUUAUUUAUAAAUAUAUUUCUUAUAUAACUUGAAAAAUAAAAUUUUUAUUAUAUGUGAAUUGAUAAAACUUGAAUAAGUGUUAAUAAAAUUAAAAUUAAAAUAUAUAAAUUUUGUUUAUAAAAUUUGUAUUACAAGAAAAAUUCAAUUUUAGAUAGAUAAUUAUAUAUAAUUAUCAAUAAAUUAUCAUAUAUAAUUUAUUUAUAAUUAAUAAUAGUAUAAUUAAUAGUAUAAUUAAUAAUAGUAUAAUUAAUAAAAGUUUUUGAAUUAAAUAUAAAAAUAAUUUUUAAAAUUUUUUAAAAAUUAUUUUUUAAUUAAGUUAUAUUCGUUUUUAUAAUAUAUCCUUUUUUGUAAUUUAAUUUUAUUAAUUUAAUCUGAUAAAAAUACAUAUGAAAAUUAUUAUAAAUACUGUUGAAAUAAUGGAAUCAGAUUAUGAUGAAGAUCGUGGAACUUGGACUGAAGAAAUGACAAGAACUGAAGAUUGUAGUGGAGAAGAUAAUUUUGAUAAUCCUCAAGAAAUAUUAAAUGAAUGUUUAGAUAAAUUUAAAACACCAGAUUAUAUUAUGGAACCUGGUAUUUUCACACAACUUAAGAGAUAUUUCCAAGCUGGUGGAAAUCCAGAACAAGUAAUAGAAUUAUUAUCUAAAAAUUAUACAGCUUGUGCACAAAUGGCAAAUCUUCUUGCAGAGUGGCUUAUUCUUGCUGGAGUUAAAGUUACAGAUGUUCAAGCAAUGGUAGAAAAUAAUUUAAAGGAUAUGAUAUUAAAAACAUUUGAUCCCAAAAAAGCAGAUAAAAUCUUCACAGAAGAGGGUGAAACUCCUGCUUGGUUAACAGAAAUGAUACAACAUCCCACUUGGCGAUCACUUAUUUACAGACUUGCAGAAGAAUAUCCAGACUGCUUAAUGUUGAACUUUACAAUAAAGCUUAUAUCUGAUGCUGGAUUUCAAGGUGAAAUUACAAGUAUUUCAACAGCUGCCCAACAAAUUGAAGUGUUUUCACGAGUUUUAAAAACUGCAAUUGCUGGAUUUUUACAAAAUACAGAAGAUUGGCAAUCAAGUAUACAAGAAUGUGCGAAAAUGGUGUGUCAUGGACAACAUACUUAUGUCUACAGUCAAGUGCUAUUACAAAUUCUCGCACAAGAAUCUCGUGGUGGAUUUAUGAUGAAAAGACUUUCUCAGGAAAUCACUAAAUGUGCUCAACAAAAUCACCAUGAUGUUACUCCAAUAACAAUGGCACUUAAUGGAGCUUCAAGUAGUCCUGGUGCAUGUCAAGCAUUGGCAUCUAUGUUAUCACGAAAUACUUUGAAUCCUGCUGAUAUUAGUGUAUUAUUUCGAAAUUAUUCAACAGCGGAACCACCGCCUAUAGAGUUACUUCGUAAUCCACAAUUUUUAGAAUUAUUGGUUGAUGCACUUUUUAAACCAGGCGUAAAAAUUAAUCCUGAACAUAAAUCCAAAUAUAUAUAUUUAUUAGCUUAUGCAGCUAGUGUAUGUGAUAUUCCAGCCAAAAAAGGACAUUCACGAAAAUUAAACAAAGAUGAAUUAAAAACGACUAUUCAAGCUAUAGAAAAAGUUCACAAUAUUUGUAAUAUUAAUAAAGGAUCUACUGAAUUGAUAGCAGAAUUACAAACUUUAUAUCAGAGCAUAAGGUUUCCUGUUGUAAGUGUAGGUGUAAUUAGAUGGGUAGAAUGUACUGUAACAGAGCCAUCAUAUUUUAAAUUAUGUACAGAACAUUGUCCUGUACAUCUUGCAUUACUUGAUGAAGUUGUAGUUUGUCAUUCUUUAUUACAUCUAAAAGUAUUACAACUUCUUGUACAAUUAUUUGAAAGUAAACAAGAUGAACUAGAAAUACUUGUGCAGUUAGAAAUGAAAAAAAUGUUAAUUGAUAGAAUGGUGAAUUUAUUAAGUCGAGGUUGCGUAGUACCCGUUGUGUGUUACAUUAAACAAUGUUGGCAACGUGGAGAUACAGAUGUAUCUUUAAUUAGAUAUUUUGUUACAGAGGUUUUAGAAGCAAUAGCUCCACCAUAUACAGUCGAAUUUAUUCAUUUAUUCCUUCCUAUGGUUGAAGAUGAAGAAAUAACAGGUACAAUGCGUGGUGAUAGUGAUAAUGAUCUUGUCUCAGAAUUUAUAGUACAUUGUAAAGCCCAUUGUCCUACUAUAAGAUGAUCUUCUAAGAGAAAAAUGGAUUAAAUUAAAAAGAAACAAAUAAUAUUAUAGGAUAUUUUUACUUCUUACAAGAAUGUUGAAUUACUAUACAUAAAUUACUAUUUUAUUAAAUCUCUUAUUUGUUUCAUAUACAAUAUGCAAGAACAUGCAUAUAGAUAUAUAUAUAUAUAUAUGUAUAUAUUAGAAGAGUAGGAUGAUUUCUCCAUCAAUCUGUGAUAUUAUAAUUUAUGAGUUUCUGAAACAAAAACAAGAAAAUGUAAUUUUUGUAGAUUAUUACAUUUUUUUAAUAAAUAAAUAAAAAUAAAUAAUUUUUACAAUUUGAAA